AUUUGGAGCAUGGGAGUACUGCUAUAUGCUCUGCUGUGUGGUUUUCUCCCCUUUGAUGAUGAAAAUGUCAUGGCUGUCUACAGGAAGAUAAUGAGAGGAAAAUACCAUGUUCCAAAGUGGCUGUCUCCUAGCAGUACACUGCUACUUCACCAAAUGCUGCAGGUCGACCCAAAGAAGCGAAUUACAGUUAAACAUUUGUUAAGUCAUCCUUGGCUUAUGCAAGGUUAUUCUGAUCCUGUUCAGUGGCAAAGCAAAUACCCGCUGGGACACAUUGAUGAAGAUUGUAUAACAGAGCUGUCUGUGUUUCAUAAACGGAGCAGAGAAAGUAUAUCAGAGUUAAUAGCACAGUGGAAAUAUGACCAGUUAUCAGCAACAUAUCUCUUGCUUCAGUCCAAGAAGGCUCGUGGCAAGUGCAUUCACCUAAGGCUUCCGUCUCUGAUAGGCCACGCCAGUGCCACACAAUUGGCAGGCCUGGGGCCUGAAAAGAACAUGACAGAUGUGUUAAACAGCAGUGAUGUGCCUUAUGUUUUUGGAUCCAUGGAGUUUUCUGAUUCAUCUUUGCUGCCUGAAGUUCCUUUUGAGAAAUUAAACCUAAAUAGCCCAAGAGCAAAGCAGCAUUCAGAGCAUGAUGCUGAACUGGAUGAUAUAGAAUUCACACUGUCAACACCAGUGACAAGAAAAGUGGCAUCGAAGAAACAUGAAAACGAAGAGAAUAUUGUUAUAGAAUCUGCUGUAAAAAAUGAAAUAUCCUUUGCACUUCCUGCUCCAAAGACUCCUUUUGUAAGGAGCGUGAAUGAGAAGCAAGCACAGUCCAUACCCACUGAGGGCAAGUGCCUGAAAGAGAGCCAGUUGACUACAGUCACCCCAAUUAGAAAACUCACAAACGCAGCAAAUAGAACUGAGAUUCUUCCUGAAAAAAGGUGCCAUUCAGUUGAAAUAGACCUCAACCUAGUUGAUGUGGAUAGCAGCCAAAAGAAGAAAAGAGCCAAAAUGUUUGGAAGCCUUGAAAAAGGUCUAGAUAAAAUGAUCACAAUGCUCACACCAAGCAAAAAGAAAAAAUCCACUACAGACGGUCCAAGAAAAAUGAAGGCACACUGCAAUGUUACCACAACACAGCUCCUGAAUCCAGAUCAAGUGUUGAAUGAAAUAAUUGCUGUUCUUCCAAUGAAAAAUGUAGAUUAUAUUCAGAAAGGUUAUACCCUGAAAUGCCAAACACGGUCAGAUUUUGGCAAAGUGACUAUGGAAUUUGACUUAGAAGUGUGCCAGCUCAGUAAAUCUGAAGCAGUGGGUAUCAGGAGACAACGGCUUAAAGGUGAUGCUUGGGUCUACAAGAGACUAGUGGAGGACAUCUUAUCUAGCUGCAAAGUGUGACUUGCUGAUGCCUGUGCUGGGAAAGCAGAAAUUUUGUACUGCCUGAGAUA